CCUAUUUCCGUUUCUUUAGCGAAAUGGCCGAACUAAGGAGUGUUUAGAGGAAUCGAGGAGUGCCAAGUGUAUUUUAUAUCUCUAAUCGCAAAAGGAACGUGACGGAAGAGUGAUAUUGCGUCCCGAAAGGGAAAUUUAUAUCUAUAUACAUAAAAAAAAGAAAGAAGAGAAAAGCAGCGUUUCGUGGGUGUUGUUCAUUGUCAGCCGCUUAUUCUUCACCGUCGUGUCGACGGCUUUUUUUUCUACUGUAUUCGAACGCACAUUCGUUGAAGAGAAAAACACGAUGACGGAUAAUCAAUAUUCCAAUUAUCAGCAACAAGGCUAUAAUCAGUACAGCCAGCCACCACCUUCAGCUGGUCAGGAUACAUCAUAUCCACCUCCUUCGACCGGUGGAGGUGGCUAUAAUCAGUACAGUCAGCCACCUCCGAGUACUGGUAGCAAUUAUGGCAACUACAACAGCUAUAGUUCUAAUACUAAUCAAGACUACAAUCAGUCUCAAAGUCAAAGUAGCUAUGGACAGAGUAGCUAUGGCGGUGGUAACGCUGGCAGUGGAGAUAGCGGUAAUAAUUAUGGUGGAAAUUAUGGACAUGGAAGUAGCGGAGGUGGUGGAGGAUAUAAUCGCAAUUCCAGUGGUGGUUACAGUGGAGGCCAAGGAGGUGGGGGCGGAGGUGGUAGAUAUGGUGAUCGCGGCGGUUAUGGAGAUCGCUCUGGCGGUGGUUACAACAGUGGAGGUGGCCGCGGUGGUUAUAACAAAGGGGGCUACGGUGACCGUAACAGCGGUGGCGGUGACGGAAUGGUUACACAAGAAGAUACUAUUUUUGUAUCCGGUAUGGACCCAUCGAUCUCCGAAGAAGAGAUUUGUCAGCAUUUCGGGGCGAUUGGCGUUAUUAAGCAUGACAAACGCACGGGCAAACCAAAAGUUUGGAUGUACAAAGACAAGAAUACAGGAAAGUCAAAGGGAGAAGCUACAGUCACUUAUGACGAUCAAAAUGCUGCGCGUUCGGCAAUUAGCUGGUUUGAUGGCAAGGAGUUCAAGGGUUGCACAAUAAAGGUUCAAAUGGCGCAGCACAAAAGCAAUUGGCAGGGCAACCGAAUGGGCGGCGGACGCGGCGGUGGUGGCCGUGGUCGCGGUGGUGGUGGUGGCGGCGGCGGCAUGAAGCCAGAAGGUCUCGGCGGCUAUAGCGGUGGUGGCGGCGGCGGCGGUGGUGGCGGCGGCAGCAGCAGCGGCAGCAGCAGAGGGGGCGGUGGCCGAGGCGGUGGCGAUCGCGGUAAUCGAGGAGGUUUCAGGGGCGAUCGAGGCGGACGUGGAGGCGACAGAGGUGGCCGCGGCGGCGGCGGUUUCCGAGGCGGAGAUCGAGGCGGCCGCGGAGGUCGAGGUGGUCCUAUGAGAGGGGGCGGCGGCCGUGGUGACAGGGAUAGGGAUCGCCAACGACCAUAUUAAUUUCAAUAUUCAUAUGACGGUUAAUUCAUCGUUAUUAAAUAGCUUGUACACAUUUUGUACACAGUUUCAAUGCUUGUACAUUUUGCUAAAUGGAAAUCAUUUCACACACAUAUGUCUUACUAUCUUUUUUUCUUUUUAUAUUCAAAUCGAAUAUGCAUGUAUACCUUACAUGUAUACCUUACAUGUAUAUCAUAUAUAUUAUAUAUAUAUAUAUAUACACACACACGCGCGCGCGCGCACGCACACGCACACACACACACACACACACAAAUAUCAUUUAAAAUCAAACUUUUAGUAGAUGAUAAUAGAGAAAACUUUAAGUUCUGUAAAUGUGACUGAAUUGUUUAUCAUCUUGUAUCUCCCAUUUGAUGUUUUUGCGAAAUAAAGAGAGAAAAUAUUGGGAAA